AUGGUGCUCGUUGUUGUAUUAUGCGCAGGACACCAUGGUCGUCAUCGGAUUGUCGUGGAUCUGCAUCUCUUCAUGGACCUCGUCGCGACGCCAAGUACGCCGUGGCAGAAGCGACUUCGAUCUCCCCGACUUGUGACGGUGAAGGUGCUAUUGGAGGCUGCUAGGCGCACUUUCGAAGAUUUUAGAGGAGCAACAGCCUUCGGGGCUUUCCAUGCUUCAAGGCGUACAACAGAGGAGCAGCUCCACGAGUGA